GCGCCGCAGUCUUCCUUCCCCGGAGGAAAUCUGGCGACACGCACUUACCUGCCUCUUAUUUUUUACUUUUUCGUCACUAUACCGUGUUAUAUAUCCAUUAUCCAUCACAACAUUAUAUAUAAAUGUAUGUUUUUCUUUCCUAGAAUAAUCCGUCAACAUUCUCAAAUUCAUAACCUUUUGGCCGGCGGAGGAAUCGGUGCCUCUCUCACAACCGUUAGAAAAAUAAAAAUCGAAUUCGCACGAUGUCGGCGAUAACCGCAAAGGUUUGCGGCGUUUUCCCUAAAACUUGAAACACCAUUACGCUCGAUCUUCCGUUGUAGUGACUAGUGUGGGUCUGUAGUCUGUGUGUGCGUAUUUUGUUUCUUACGUGUAUACUGAAAUAUUUCGUACAUAAUAAUAAUAUGAUAGCCGAAAGCGGAUUUUGUACAAUACGUUAAUACAUUAUUAUAAUUUAUAAUAUCAUUAUUCAAUAUUGUGUGGUACGCGUUUACGAAUGCGCGUGAUACCGUCACACGCACGCGCAGUACUCCUUGUUCUUAAACGCAGUCACCGCCACCGUAGCCUCCUCGUAAGUCGUAACCACCGUCGUGUGUGUGAGCGCGCUCCCGCCGUGAACGUGUGCGUGUGUACGCGUACCUGUUGCUGUGCGCGCCGCAUUCCGUAACCGCUCAGCCAUCGGAUCGGACGUCGGCUGUCGCCGUCACCACCAUCGUGCGUUUAGGAAAUUCAAAAAAAAACCGACGAUUACGCCUCCGCCGUGUUUUUGAGUUUACAUUUCGUUUUUAUCGUUUGAUUUUUUUUCCUGAUCAUAUCUGCUCCGUCUCCUUCGGCGUAUACACCUAUUGGUACAACGAGUGCGUCCGUUUCCGUCGUUUGAUCGUGCGCGACCGUAACCGUCGUUUUCGUGCUUAUAUUAUAUUUUUUAUACAUAAAAACCGUUUUCAUCUUUGUAUCCAAAAUUGAGCGUUUGUGCGCGUCCGGUGUGUUUCUCGACCCCCGAGGAUGCUAUAACGGGUCGGAAACGUCUUGUAGCGUGGACAUGGAUCACAGGGAAUACGGGGAACGCGUGUCGCCGCCGCUGCCUCAACAGCAGCAGCAGCAGCAGCAGCAACAACAACAACAUCAACAACAGCACCAGCAGCAUCAGCAGCAACAUCAACAACAGCAACAACAACACCUGCAGCAGCAGCAACAACAACAACCGCUUCCGCCCCCCGCCAACCACACCGACCAGAAUGGAGAUCGCAUCGUUUGGGAAUUCCACCAAGUCACUCUGAACCGUGUGCCCGGUUACGGGUUCGGAAUCGCGGUCAGCGGUGGCCGAGACAAUCCUCAUUUCGCCAACGGUGACCCGUCAAUAGCCGUGUCGGAUGUAUUGAAGUCCGGUCCUGCAGAAGGAAAGCUCAUGGUUAACGACAGAAUAAUGACCGCCAACGGCGUGUCACUAGACAACGUCGAAUACGGUACGGCAGUUGCCGUGCUGAGGGAAUGUGGCGAAAACGUGACAUUGUCGCUGAGACGUCGUCUGGUGUUGCCUUCAAACACGCCACACACGCUGCGUAUUCAUCUGAAUAAGACCAGGAAAAAAGACGAUUUUGGAAUCGUUUUGGGAAGCAGGAUUUUCAUCAAAGAAGGAACAAAGGGGGGCGACAACAGUGUACAGGAAGGCGACGUGCUGUUGAAGAUCAACAAUCAUUCGGUGGUGGAUGGCAUGACGCUUAAAGAAGCCAGGCGACUGAUAGAAUCGGCCAAAGACAAACUGAGUUUGACCGUGCGCCGUGAAGGCAAUGCCAACGGACACGUUUUACAAUAUUCCGGUUCGUCCGAACCGACGUCUCUGCACACGAAAGAAAAUAACAACUAUAUGGACGGUAUCAACGGUUCGGCGUAUCCAUCGCAAAACUUGUACGUACAGCCACCCAGCAGGAGCAUGCUAGAAGAAGCCAAAAGCAAUUUGGCGCCGCGUGGACGGUCCCGUAACCCGCUGUUGGAUUCCGUUUCCCUGAGCCAGUUGGACAGGCCCACAUCUGCCAUGGACAACAACACGUCUGGUAUAAAAACCAACAAUUUGCAUAACGGUGAUCUGGGACCUACGUACAACCAUGGUCGUAGUAGAAGUGGCGCUGAAGACCAUUCGGAACCUCCUCGUCCGCCACCACCAAGACCCGAAGACUAUUACAGUACAACUAGACAGUUUUAUGAAGAUACUCUACCUCAAAAAUCAAAACAUUUAAAACCUGAUCCUCGGUUUAUUACAUUCCAAAAAGAAGGGUCCGUUGGUAUUCGAUUGACGGGUGGCAAUGAAGUUGGCAUAUUUGUCACUGCUGUGCAGCCAGGAAGUCCCGCAUUCACCCAAGGUUUGCAACCAGGUGACAAGAUAUUAAAAGUGAAUGAUAUGGAUAUGAAAGGAGUAACUCGCGAAGAAGCUGUGCUAUUCUUGUUGAGCCUUCAAGAUCAAAUACAUCUAAUCGUUCAACACAGACGUGAUCAAUAUGAACAAAUUAUGAACAAUCAACGGGGCGAUUCGUUCCACAUUAAGACUCAUUUUGACUAUGAACAACCCAACAAAGGUGAAAUGAGCUUCUGCAAAGGUGACGUGUUCCAUGUAAUGGACACAUUGCACAAUGGUGUAGUUGGUUCCUGGCAAGUAUUCCGUAUUGGGAGAAACAAUCAAGAAGUCCAAAAAGGUAUAAUACCGAAUAAGGCUAGAGCUGAAGAACUAGCUACAGCUCAGUUUAAUGCUACUAAGAAAGAGAUGAAUGCUUCAGAAAGUAAAGGUGGUUUCUUUAGACGCCGAAAACACAAUCACCGCAGAUCAAAAUCAUUGAGCAAGGAAAAUUGGGAUGAUGUGGUGUUUGGGGAUAGUAUAAGCAAGUUCCCAGCUUACGAAAAAGUGGUGUUGAGUCACACAGGGUUCGUGCGACCAGUCGUUUUGUUUGGACCGAUAUCAGAUAUUGCCCGAGAAAAACUUACCAAAGACUUCCCUGACAAAUUUUUAUCUCCUCAACUCGAAAACAACACUACUGACGGAAGCAAGAAAAUCAGUGGUAUAAUACGGUUAAGUGCUAUUCGUGAUAUCAUGGACCGAGGGAAACACGCUUUGUUAGAUGUUACUCCAAAUGCUGUUGACCGUUUAAACUAUGCUCAAUUUUAUCCUAUAGUCAUCAUGUUGCGUGCCGAUAACAAACAAGUGAUCAAAGAGCUACGUGCUGGGUUACCAAAAACUGCACACAAGAGCAGUAAAAAGCUAUUGGAACAAUGUCAAAAAUUAGAAAAAGUGUGGUCUCAUGUAUUUACUUCAUCGCUUACACUAAAUGGAGGAGACGCUUGGUAUCGCAAACUUCGAGAACUAAUCGAUAAACACCAGAGUUCUCCAACUUGGGUCAGCGAGACCAAGCCUGAAGAAAACUUGUCUGAUGAUUUGUUAUUCCCGAUGACUUCCUUACGUUUGUCAUAUGCAUCAUCUCCCGAAAGUGAUAUGGAGACUAGUAACACAACAUUAGCAUCCCCAACUUCUACUGCAGCGGCCAGUCCUUCUGCAAUUGGUUCAAGACUGGUAAAAAGUUCAAGUGAUCCAAGUAUUACAACUCAGGAUGACUCUGCCAUUCCUAAUUAUAAUCCACCUCCGCCAUAUUCACCUUCAGUGUUUAAACAGGCGAGUUAUGAGCCUCCUCAAACAUUACGCAUGGCUGGUCCUCCUACUCACACAACAUUAAUGGUAAAUGGUAAUGGACCACCCGAUCUACCGCCCCGCGUUGAUAGAAACACAAAACCAUUGCAUGGAAAUCGCGCUAAUGGUCAAAGAUCAGCCACAGAUAGAUUAUUCAGUCCAAACGGUAUGGAAGAUAUACCUAAUUACAUAAAUGCAACUCCCCAUCAUCAGAGGACCCAUACCAGCACUAGUAAACAAUUGUAUGAUAUGCACAAUAGCUAUGACAGUGUAUCAUCAUAUGAUAGUUAUGGCGUACGCAUGAAUGGAGGCUGCAACGGUAGUGCAAACCUUACAACAACUUUGUGUUCAAACUCACAGGAUGAUCUUAAAUCUGGCAGCAAUAACACUCUAGGUAGACAUCAUGAUCCUUAUAGAUUUACUAGGUCAACUCAACAACCAGUUGACACUAAAAUAUCAGACUAUCCAAAAUACAGACCUCCAGGUGGUACUUCUGGAGGUAUGAUUGAGUAUGCCACUAGUAAACCCCUUCCAUUGCCAAAAUCACCUCCACAGCAACAAUCUUAUAAACCUGUACCACCUCCAAAACCUAAAAACUACCGACCACCAGUACAGCAGCAACAGCAACAACAACAGCAGUAUUAUCAACCCUCUCCAGCUGGUUUCCAGCACUCAAAAUCAUUCAGCAUGGCAGAUAGCACAUAUUCAUCACAUAUGUCUAAUGGGAUGCCAUCAUCACCUAGCAAGUAUUCAUCAGAAUCAACAGAUGUGAAUACUGCUGAUUCGGGUCAUGGCAGUAGCUUAGAUAGGGGUUAUGAUCGACGAGGUGGUAAUGGACAACAGCCUUCUCAACAAAUGGAUCGUAACCAUAUAUACUACAAACACCAUAGAGAUCCAAAUGCACUGGACUUAACACAACAUCGUGACCAAAGAGGUAGCGCAUUUGAAUUGUACAAGAAGCCAUCAGUGGCCGGUGAUCAUAGAAUGUCGAAUGGAGGGGACCACAGAAUGACAAAUGGCGGUGAUCACAGAAUGUCUAAUGGCGGAGAUCACAGGUUGUCAAAUGGUAGUGGGCACUACAAUGUGGAUGCGCUUCGGUGACAACGACAGUAUCCGGUCAGAUUUUAAAGGUGAUUUGACCGGGUUCAAAUGAGCAUAAACGCUUACCUAAAAUUUUAUCUCAUCGAAAAUUAUAUAUUAUAAUAUACAUAUUUAUAAGAUGUUCAUAAAUUUGUUUUUUCAAUUGAUGGACUGAUUGACAGUAAUUUAUUUUUUUUUUUUUUG